GUCUGGCCUUUGCUGGACUCCUUGAGCAAUAGCGUGACAGGUUAGAAACACACGACAGAACUGUCCCGAGGCUGUCCAUCGGUUACCACCCUGCUAUUGACGGUUUCUUAGUGUGACUUGGCUCUAUAUUGUGCAUCGAUCAGGUCUUGAAUGUGUAGGAAGCAGGAAGUAACGAUCCCUCAUGUUAAGAUGAAGAUCCUGCACUUGGCACAUUUCCUGGAGACAUCAGAGUACUUCUUCUGAAUUAAAACACAAAACUGCAGCACUGCUGUCUUGUCGGGGAGAAUGAACGUGGCCAAUAUGCUGAUCAGUUGAGGAGUCGGGUGGAACUCGGUGAGGAUGUGGGGCCACCGACAGACGUGGGAUGUCCCCCCCACCCCGCCGGCCUGCAGUCCAUGCAGCACCAUCAGGUCUGAUAGUAACACUGGACCAUUAGAGGAGUUUGAUCUGAGUGACAUGGAUGCCUUUUUUCGUCGGCACUUUAAGAAGAAGAAGAAGGCUAAGGCUAAUGGGGCUUUAGCCGCGUCAGACCCUUGGUCCUCACGGCCCGGUGUGCCUCUGUCCACCAGUAAAGCCCGACGCAGCUCCAGCACCAGUCUUCCCUCUGCCCUUCUCGCGGAGUGUCGUCAAUCGAACACCCAGCUGCAGGAAUCCCUCCCAGCCUCUGGGGGGCAGUGUUCUUGUGAGGGCCGGCUGCUAAAUGGCUCUCGUCACGGACGCCGUCGCUCCAGCACCACCACUCCCAUCCUGAACCGCCGGUUUGCCGUGCGUCAUCGUGGCGCCGGCCAGCUGCACGCCAUUGAUGCCCAUCUUCUGGGCUCCUCCAUCCUGCUGGCCAGCUUGCUCCAGAUAGCCAAAGAGGAUGAUGGUUGUACAGCGUUGGGCACAGAGCAGCAGGUGGCGGUCCGGAGCGACGGGCCUGGCCGGAUCUUCUCUGGCUCUGAUUUGGAGGUGGAAAUGAACAGUCCGUGCCCUGUAAGGAAGUCUGAACCUGGCUGCCAGGAGGACCAAGAAGAAUCUGGAGGGGAGAACAUGUGGCAGGAUAUUGAUACUUUCGAAAACCUGCCCCUGGUACCCCUGAGCCGUAUCCCUUGCUCAUCUCGUGUGCGUGGGGAGUGGCCAGCCUACAGAAAUAGAUGUAGGCUAGGAAACGCCCAGCCGCGACACCGUCGCUGGAACCGCAGGACUUUCCGUGCCCACCGGGCCCUGGCCCGUCCCCAGACGGGAGUCGGUGGCCAUCCUCAGCUGGAGACGUGGAGUGGGUCCCUCUCGAAAGCCAUUGCCAAGUCGAACCUUCAACACCUAGCAGCCCAGCCCAGCACCUUGGCCGUGGGGAAGAGUGACCCGGAUCGAGAGAUCCGCUGCACCGUGGACUGGAGUGAGGGUGCACUGUAUGGAGAACACAUCUGGUUCGAGACCAGCGUCUCUGGAGAAUCCUGCUAUGUGGGAGAGCAGAACUGUGUGGCCAGGAUGCUGCAAAAGUCAGCAGCGCGGAAGAAGUGCGGCGCUUGCAAAAUCGUGGUGCAUGCUAACUGCAUCGAGCAGUUGGAGAAGCUGGCGAACAGUGAACAACUGACUCCAGAUCUAGAAAUUCUCCAUGAGCAGCUUAUGAAGGACCCAUCCAGUCGAAUAAAUUUCAGAUGUAAACCAUCGUUUAGGGAAUCCGGAUCAAGAAAUCUUCGCGAGCCACCCAUCGUCCGUCACCACUGGGUCCACCGGAGGCGCCAGGACGGCCGGUGUCGGCAGUGCGGAAAGGGCUUUCAACAGAAAUUCGCAUUUCACAGUAAAGAAAUAGUGGCCAUAAGCUGCUCCUGGUGCAAACAGGCAUAUCACAACAAGGUUACAUGCUUCAUGCUGCAGCACAUAGGGGAAGCGUGCUCUCUGGGGGCACACGCCUCCGUCAUCGUGCCCCCCAGCUGGAUCAUACGUGCCCGAAGACCACAGACCUCGCUGAAAUCGAGUAAAAAGAAGAAACGGACUUCAUUCAAGCGCAAGUCCAGUAAGAAGGGAACAGAGGAGACGCGAUGGAAGCCCUUUAUAGUCAAACCCAUUCCUUCUCAGCACUUGAAGCCUCUGCUGGUGUUUGUUAACCCUAAGAGUGGGGGGAAUCAGGGAACAAAGAUUAUCCAAUCCUUCAUGUGGAACCUCAAUCCCCGGCAGGUGUUUGACUUGAGCCAGGGAGGACCUAAAGAGGGGUUAGAAAUAUACCGCAAAAUUCCCAACCUGCGGAUUCUGGCAUGCGGUGGAGACGGAACGGUGGGCUGGAUCCUCUCGACGCUGGACCAGCUGCAGCUGAACCCGCAGCCUCCCGUAGCGAUCCUGCCCCUGGGGACCGGAAAUGACCUGGCCAGGACUCUCAACUGGGGCGGGGGUUAUACGGACGAGCCCAUCUCCAAGAUCCUGUCUCAUGUGGAGGACGGGAACGUUGUUCAGCUGGAUCGCUGGAACCUCAUCGUAGAGCCUAACUUGGAGGCCAGCCCAGAAGAAAAGGAUGAGCAACAGGCAGACAAGCUUCCUCUUGAUGUCUUCAAUAAUUACUUCAGCCUGGGCUUUGACGCGCACGUGACUCUGGAGUUCCAUGAAUCUAGAGAAGCUAACCCAGAGAAAUUCAACAGCCGAUUUCGAAACAAGAUGUUUUAUGCGGGAACUGCAUUCUCAGAUUUCCUUAUGAGAAGUUCCAAAGACUUGGCAAAGCACAUCAAAGUUGUGUGUGAUGGCACAGAUCUCACUUCCAAAGUACAGGAGCUGAAACUUCAGUGCCUUGUUUUCCUCAACAUUCCCCGGUAUUGUGCCGGUACCAUGCCCUGGGGAAAUCCCAGUGAGCACCGUGACUUCGAGCCACAGAGGCAUGAUGACGGCUACAUCGAAGUCAUCGGAUUUACCAUGACCUCCCUGGCUACCCUUCAGGUCGGAGGUCACGGAGUGCGGCUGAACCAGUGCCGAGAGGUGACUCUCACCACCAACAAGUCCAUCCCCAUGCAGGUGGAUGGGGAGCCCUGCAGAUUGGCCCCCUCCAUCAUCCGCAUCUCGCUGAGGAACCAGGCCAACAUGGUGCAGAAGACCAAGAGGAGGACCUCCAUUCCCCUGCUGAAUGACCAGCUGCCCGUCCCCGAGCAGCUACGCAUCCACGUCAGCCGCAUCAGCAUGCUGGACUACGAGGCUUUGCAUUAUGACAAGGAAAAGCUGAAGGAAGCCUCAAUCCCAAUGGGUAUCAUUGUUGUCCCGGGAGACAGUGACCUGGAGACCUGUCGCUCUCACAUUGAGAGGUUACAAGAGGAGGAUGCCGGUACAAAGUCAAGGACACAGAAGCUCUCAAUGAAAUGGUGCUUCUUAGACUCAACAACAGCAGAUCGAUUUUACAGAAUAGAUCGAGCUCAGGAGCACUUGAAUUAUGUAACAGACCUCUCCCAAGAUGAGCUCUUCAUCCUGGACCCGGAGCUGGUCGUGAAGGAGACGGUUGGCACCUCUCCUGGAAUGCCUCAUCUGGUCGAUUCCUCGGGAGAAUGCCCAGAUGGGAGCGCGCAGUUUGCCUUCCCAGCAUCCUCUCCUCCACCCUCCUCGUCAGCCCCUAGGUCUGAUAGUCCAGCCUUUACCAACACGGACCAAGUGCCAGCUGAAGUGCUUAUAAAAUGUGUGACAAGCAAAGAUUGUCAGAGGCUUAGAGUUCUCCAUGAGCAAGGGGCAGACCUGACAGUGCUGGAUUCCUCGGGUCGCUCUUUAAUCCAUCAUGCUGUGGAGGCGGGGAGCAAGGAGAUUGUCAAGUACAUCAUCGACAACGUGCCCACUGAAGUCCUGGAUGCAACGGAAAAGGAGAAUGGGGAGACGGCUCUACACAGAGCAGCCUCUCGACGCCAGAGAACCAUCUGCCACUACCUGGUGGAAGCUGGAGCAUCUCUCAUGAAGACAGACCUGCAGGGUGACACCCCAAAAAACUGUGCUGAGAAGUCAGAGGAUCACGAGCUGGCAGACUACUUGGGGAACCGACAGCACUUCCAGAUGAUACAAAGAGAGGACCAAGAGACAGCUGUGUGAUGCUUGUGUCCCUUUGUGCCAAACAGUCUUAGGGGGAAAAAAACAUACUGAUAGUAUUGUUAGAGGCAACAAGGACUUCUGGGAGACCAAAUGCAUAUUUCUUCUUCAUAGCUGGACUCCUGAAAUAGAAUAUUGUGUCUUAUUUCUGUCUGAAUGUCCUGAUUGAGUUACGAAGGCAGUGCACAACUGCAUUUCAACAAAUACAAAGUUGGCUUUGGAAGGUAUCAGGUCGUAAACGUAGAAUAUCUGACCAAAUGAAUUCCCUAUAACUCCAGACUGAACCUUAAAAAUGCAAAAUACGCAGGAAAAAUGGAUUGCCGUGCUAAAUGCGUGAAUCUGCGAUAUCUUCAACUUUAAAGGCUGUGGCAGGGAAUGAAGUUUGUCAUUAAGCGUGGUCUAGGAAUUAGUGUGACAGAAUGUCAGUUUCAAACGACAAAUUACUCAGACAUUUCACAUGACUACUGAAGGUUUUUGUUGUAAUUACAUUUUUGUGAUUAGCUGACCUGUUUUUCCCAGCUAGUUUGCUGUUUCAACCUUCGGGUAAAAGGACCUUUUUACUCUGAACAUUUUUUCUGUACAAUACAAAAAGAAAUAAAUGAAUGUUCUACAGAGAGCUAUGAUUUGUGCUAUUCAGUAGCUGUGAAGUCUGUGCUGUAAACGUAUUGUUCUGCCCAAACAUGUUAUACGCUUCUCCUCUGCUCUUGCCCUCCUUGGCUUUCCUUUAUUCAUUUAUGUUUUUUGGUACAUUGUUUUAAAAUUCAUACUGGUUUUACUAAGGGCAUGGCAUAUAUCAUUACAAUGUAAUGCCUUGCUACAAUGUGAUUAUAAUGUAAAACUGUGAAUAUUUUUUUCUAGCUGCAGAUAAAGUUGCAGAUGUCUGUAUUCGACUACUCUGUCCUCACUGUAGACCAAAUGUGCUACUGCAUGUGGCAAUGUAACAUUUUUUAUUUAUUUGUAACCAUUUAAAAUAGAUUUGCUUUAGGAUGUUUGAUUUUCUAUUUGGACAUUUCUUGAGAAUUUUGAGUGUCGAUGUGUAGAGAGCAUUUUCCUUUCUGUGGUGUUGGAGAGACAAGGUCACCAAGGACUUAAAAAUAACUGAAAGCUUUAGUUAUAAGCUGAACAUGAAAUAAGGUCUCUUGACAUUUUCAGCCAGAACUUACACAUUCACUGUGACACAUGCUUUUAGCAGCGGUUUUGCAGCUUAAUGCAAGCCUGAGGAAAAUCGCAGCCACACACUCUCAAAUAUUAACGUUUUAUAUAAGCAUUCUUAUUCACCAAACACUCUUCAAAGUAGUUUCUAGCUCAUCCUAAGUUACAAUAAACUUGUCAAAUAAAUGAAAAAAACGUCAACUAUUAAGAAAAUAAACCAAAAAUGCUGAGUGACAGAAAAUAAAAAAUGUCGAAUUAAAGAAAUGUCUGAGAUGAAAA